CUGAUGACCUUUUAACGAAAGCGUCUGAAAUCUGUCAGAUCAGCGAAGCAUACAAUUUCACCUACCUUCAAAUAUCUGGCAGAGUUUUCUUCCCCUAGUCAACGCUAGAUACUUCAAUCUAGCUUGAGCUGUUAUCAGAUUUGGAUUUGUUAUUUUUUUUAGACGUCUGAAGCCGAAAGAAAGAGCAAAGAAUGACGAGCAGUUCAAAGCGGAAAGAAGAAAGUCAUCUGCUGAAUGGGGGAGUAAAACAGUCCACAUGGAGCAAAGCCUUCAACAGUAAUGCUGUUUGGGAGGAGAAGGACGAGUUCUUAGACGUGAUUUACUGGCUCCGGCAAAUAAUUGCAGUAAUCCUUGGUGUGAUAUGGGGUGUCGCACCGUUGAAAGGAUUUCUGGGAAUAGCCAUAUUCUGCAUCAUCAACGCUGGCGUCCUGUAUGUAUACUUCAGUAGCUUUCAGCAGAUCGAUGAGGAAGAGUAUGGUGGCACGUGGGAACUCACCAAAGAAGGCUUCAUGACAUCUUUUGCUCUGUUUCUGGUGGUGUGGAUAAUCUUUUACACAGCUCUACAUUUUGACUGAGAGGAAUCCGUAGGACACUAAAUACGAACAUUUCUGUUUGAAGUAAAUUUGUCAAGACACAGGAACUCCACGGUUCAAGGGGGCUUUGAUGCUCCUAAACAUACAGUAUGACUCUUCAGUGUGCGUCAUGGGAAUCCUAGUUUGAAUAACAAGUCCCUGCAAGACCACCGUGAUGAACAUGUUCAAAUACAUCUCUUAUGUCAGGCCCUCCAUUACACUCCCCUCAUGUUAUAUUUCCUUCCUCACGUCAUUGUCAUCAUCGCUGACAAAACACUAAAGAAUCCAGAGAGCAAACAGUCUAGUCGGUUGCAGUUCUAUACAUGCUGGAAAAGUUCCUUGGUAUAAAUCAGAAUGAGGAUGCUUUCUCUUGGUUGGCUUACCAAUAGGGCCUUUCUUCUGUUUUAGAAGAGUGACAUGAACACAGAUUUUAGGCUAGAAGACAACAACCUGUAUGUGUAUUCACAGCUCAUGAGCUGCUCACUUGAGUUAUAGAAACUGGGCAAUAAAAACAUCUUGUCAUA